AUGAACAUCACCAGUAAUGUGAGUCAUGCUGCCCUGUUCCACCCCAACACGAGCCACGGCCACCAUCUCAACACGACGGUCAUGUCGACUUUCCCUAUCCUGGCGUGGAGUACAGCAUACGGUACUAUUGCAGUAAUGGCGGCGUUUGGCAACAGCAUGGUCAUCGUGGCUUUCGUGCGGAACCUCAAGCUUCACACGAGGACGAACUUUUUCGUGAUCGGUCUGGCGGCCGCGGACUUCAUAGUAGGGGUUCUUGCGGUACCCUUGUUCAUAUGUACGUUCUGGUAUUACACGCGAAGUCUCGAUAUUCCGCUCAUACUCAGGCGCAUUUACGACGCUGCAGAUAUCUUCUCCGGAUUCGCGUCCAUCUUCCAACUUGUUCUCAUCUCUCUCGAACGCUGCUAUGCAAUCUUAUACCCUGUGAGCCAUAGGAACUCAUCAAAGUGGGUGUAUAUUCUGUCUGUGAUCUUCUUUUGGUUCUUUUCUGGGGCGUUAUCGAUAACCCAAGCGAUAGGCAUUACGGAAAAGAGCAUGCAUCUUAGACGUGCAUUCUUCUCGAUGAUCUGGAUGUGUUACGGGGUCUCAUUCAUUGUGAUCUGCGCGGCGUAUGUGGGGAUUUGGAAGAAAGCCAAGACAAGAGGGACUUAUGGUUUCUACCGGAGGAAGCGCAGGCGGCAGGAUCGAGAGGUCAUGAUCGCGUUUACUGUACUUAUAGUCAUCGUAGUGUUUAUAAUCACGUGGCUUCCAUUCUUUACGGUGAACGUGUUGUUCUAUUACGACCCCAAAAGAGGCAAAGGUGUACCCUACGAGCUUGUCCAAUUCACGAAACUCCUCCACUACUCAAACUCGGCCAUUAACCCCAUUAUAUAUUCGCUGAAGAUCCCGGGGUUCAAAAAGACGUUCACGAGUCUACUGCGCCGAGAGUCACGUGCCAUGCUUAAGACGCGUACGCUCAGUCUCACGCGCAAGGACUCGAACAGAAACUCCAUGUUACGCGCGAGACCCGGAAGGUCAUCGAUCUAGGGAUAGUUUAAAUUCGAUAAAGGGAGUUGUAGCUAGAAAUAAACGUGACGGAAUUGAAACUCUAAGAAUCUUAAAGAGCCUUUUCCAGCAAAACCGUAUUGUUUCCAUCAAUAGUGGAAGCCAAAUUCUAAAAAAAUUAUCUCAAAGUGGCCACUUUACUCACAGAAUUCAGUAAAAAUAACGCAACAGUUCCUCCAAAUCAGCCGGACACUUUCUCUCAGUACUUUGCUAGGAUGACAAAAUGGUGGCUAGCAGAGGCUCUCAAUAAUUCUAGCCAUAGUUUAUAAUGGAGUUAUUGGGGGGAGGGGUGUUGAAGUCAAGAUAGAAAAUCUAUGCUACGCGGCAGGCCCGCGCAGUCAUCAUUCUAGGAAUAAACCAUACUUUGCAGGGGA